AGCUUGCAGUGCACCUGAGAGCCGACGCCCGAGUCCUCGAAGCUGCGCCUGCCGGGGUCCCUGCCGCCAUGAACCGCUUCAAGGUGUCCAAGUUCCGGCACACGGAGGCUCGGCCGCCCCGCCGCGAGUAAACAUAAAUCAGGAGGGAAGACUAAUGCAAGAUGAUAAUGUUCUACUCAUGCCAGGCCUGGAUCAGUGACAUUCGAGCAGGAACUGCCCCCUCAUGUGGGAACCAUAUCAAAGCCAGUUGCAGCUUAAUUGCAUUCAACUCUGACCGUCCAGGUGUGCUGGGCAUCGUGCCUCUGGAAGGCCAGGAAGAGGACAAGAGACACGUGACCCACCUGGGCUGCCAUUCAGACCUGGUCACAGACUUGGACUUCUCUCCCUUUGAUGACUUCCUCUUGGCCACAGCCUCAGCCGACAGGACGGUGAAACUCUGGCGGCUGCAGGCCCCUGGCCAGGCGCUGCCCUCGGGGCCUGGGCUGGUGCUGGGCCCUGAGGACGCCCAGGUGGAGGUGCUGCAGUUCCACCCCACCGCGGAUGGCGUCCUGGUGAGUGCGGCGGGCAGGGCCGUGAAGGUCUGGGACGCUGCCCAGCAGCAGCCCCUCACAGAGCUGGCGGCCCACGGGGACCUGGUGCAAGGUGCCGUCUGGAGCCGCGAUGGAGCCCUGGUGGGCACAACAUGCAAGGACAAGCAGCUGCGGAUCUUCGACCCCAGAACCAAGCCCAAGGCCUCCCAGAGCACAUGGGCCCAUGAGAACAGCAGGGAUGGCCGGCUGGUGUGGACGGGCACCCAGGAGCACCUUGUGUCCACCGGCUUCAACCAGAUGCGUGAGCGUGAAGUGAAGCUCUGGGACACCCGGCUCUUCUCUAGCGCCCUCACCUCUCUCACCCUGGACACCUCUCCCAGGUCUCUGAUGCCCCUUCUGGACCCAGACUCCGGGCUCCUGGUUCUGGCAGGAAAGGGCGAGAGUCAGCUGUACUGCUACGAGGUGGCCCCCCAGCAGCCGGCACUGAGCCCAGUGACCCAGUGCCUCCUGGAGAGCGUGCUGCGGGGAGCGGCCCUUGUGCCCCGGCGGGCACUGGCCGUCAUGGGCUGUGAGGUGCUCCGUGUCCUGCAGCUGAGUGACGUGGCCAUUGUGCCCAUCAGCUUCCACGUGCCCCGCAAGGCUGUGGAGUUCCACGAGGACCUGUUCCCAGACACCGCAGGCUGCGUGCCUGCCUCCGACCCCCACGCCUGGUGGGCCGGGAGCAACCAGCAGGUAGGGCCGAGGCCUGGCUGGCCGCUCCUGGUCUGCACCACCCGUGGCAGCCGCGUCCAAGGCAUGCAGUCCAGCUGUGCGCUAACUCAGCUGCCCUGUGCCCCCAUCGCCACCCCCACCCCUACUGCCUCACCUGCUGGCCUCUCCCCACAGGUGCAGAGGGUCAGCCUCCACCCAGCCUGCCGGCCCCACCCCAGCUUCACUUCCCGCCUGGUGCCCCCUGCAGAGCCCACCCCUAAAGAGGCCCAGCCUGCGGAGACGCCUGUGGGUGACACGGACCCCAGCGAGGGCUUCUCCUCCCCUCCCAGCUCGCUGACCUCGCCCUCCACGCCCUCCAGCCUGGGGCCCUCGCUCUCCAGCACCAGCGGCAUCGGCCCCAGCCCCAGCCCCAGCCAGAGGUCCCUGCAGAGCCUGCUGGGCCCCAGUUCCAAGUUCCGGCAUGCUCAGGGCACCGUCCUGCACCGGGACAGCCAUAUCACCAACCUCAAGGGGCUCAACCUCACCACGCCUGGCGAGAGCGACGGCUUCUGUGCCAACCGGCUGCGUGUGGCCAUGCCCCUGCUCAGCAGUGGUGGGCAGGUGGCCGUGCUCGAGCUGCGGAAGCCUGGCCGUCUGCCCGACACAGCACUGCCCACACUGCAGAAUGGGGCAGCCGUGACCGAUCUGGCCUGGGACCCCUUUGACCCCCACCGCCUCGCCGUGGCUGGGGAGGACGCCAGAAUCCGGUUGUGGCGGGUGCCCCCAGAGGGCCUGGAGGAGGUGCUAACUACGCCUGAGGCCGUGCUCACAGGCCACACGGAAAAGAUCUAUUCUCUGCGCUUCCACCCGCUGGCAGCUGACGUGCUGGCCUCCUCUUCCUACGACCUUACUGUUCGGAUCUGGGACCUUCAGGCUGGAGCUGAGCGACUGAGACUGCAGGGCCAUCGGGACCAGAUCUUUGGCCUGGCCUGGAGUCCCAAUGGGCAGCAGCUGGCCACUGUCUGCAAGGAUGGACACUUGCGGAUCUACGAGCCCCGGGGUGGCUCUGAGCCCCUGCAGGAAGGCCCAGGGCCCGCAGGGGCCCGUGGAGCCCGUGUUGUCUGGGUAUGUGAUGGUCACUGUCUCCUGGUGUCCGGCUUUGACAGCCGAAGUGAGCGCCAGCUACUCCUAUACUCGGCUGAGGCCCUGGCUAGUGGCCCCUUGGCAGUUCUGGGACUGGAUGUGGCUCCUUCGACCCUGCUGCCCAACUAUGACCCGGACACCGGCCUGGUGCUGCUCACGGGCAAGGGCGACACCCGCGUGUUCCUGUACGAGCUGCUCCCCGAAGCCCCCUUCUUCCUGGAGUGCAACAGCUUCACAUCGCCGGAACCACACAAGGGCUUCGUCCUCCUGCCCAAGACGGAAUGUGACGUGCGGGAGGUGGAGUUUGCCCGAUGCCUGCGACUUCGCCAGACCUCCCUGGAGCCGGUCGCCUUCCGGCUGCCCCGAGUCAGGAAAGAAUUCUUCCAGGAUGACGUGUUCCCAGACACGGCCGUGAGCUGGGAGCCAGUGCUCAGUGCUAAGGCUUGGCUGGGAUGCGCUAACGGGCAGCCCCGACUUCUCAGCCUGCAGCCCCCUGGCAUGACCCCAGUGAGCCAGGCCCCCCGUGAAGCACCCGUCCGGCGGGCCCCAUCCUCAGCACUCUACCUGGAAGAGAAGUCGGACCAGCAGAAGAAGGAAGAGUUGCUGAGUGCCAUGGUGGCAAAGCUGGGGAACCGGGAGGAUCCGCUCCCACAGGACUCUUUUGAAGGACUAGCCUGCCCACCCGCCACCUCUAGUCUCACCUGCCACUGCCGUGCCACUGCCGCCUCCUAGAACCACCUGGUGCCUCUGCGCCCCUCACGUCUCACCCUCAAACUGGAAGCCACCUCUUGGGCCUGACACACCUCAUCCCAGAAGCCCUGGCUUCCUCUGGGUCUGGGGUGCUUCCAUGGCCUCUGGGUCCUGCUGCAGCUCCAAUGGAUUGUCCACACCUCUGCUUUUUCUGGGACCAGCCGCUUUUCCUCAGCUGCCUGCUAGCAUGUGGAUUCAGGGGCGUGGCGGGGGGGGGGAGGGCUCAGUGGCAUGUUCCUGGGUAGGCGCUGGCUCCCUGUCCCCUCACCUCUACCCUGGGCUGGUCCCAGCGUGGGCUGGCUUCGCCCGGAACCUUCUGUUAUCACAUGCCAUCCCAUCUUGCCUGCUGCUCCAGUUCCGGUCAAGGGCCUAGGGGGCUGGCCACCCCCCCCCCAACAGCCAUUUGGAGCAGCACCAGCCUCAGGGGCCUGCGACCAGUAGCCCUGCUCCCCAAGCUUGAAGCCGGGAAGAAUGGGCAUCGUGGAGCUGAUAGCCCAGUGAAGGGGGUGUGCGCCCUGCAGGGACUGGCCUGCACGUGCUCUGGAUGUUUUCAGCAAUUAAACUUUUCUAAGCUGGCUACCUCUGUGCCACUGUGCUCUCUGGGCUGGCUGGAAGGGGAAGGGGACAGGAGUAUGGGUGAGGGCAGUUUGGCCCUGGGCUCCCCCUUGUCCCAGGCCUCGCUCUGCUCCUGCUGGGAGUUCAUUCAUUCAUCCAACACGCUGGUAUCUGCAGGCUCUGGAUGGCAGCUCCAUAAUGAACAGGAGAGACAGGUUUCUCAAGGCACUUAGCAGGCAGGGGGCAGCCAGACCGUGUGCAACUUCACAAAUAGUGUGGAGAGAGCAGUGAAGUAGAUAAACUACAUGAAAGGGAGUCACUGGGAUGCAGAGGGAGACCGUGGCCAGGGUCUGAGAAGCGACCUUUAGGCUGAGAGCUAAGACGUGAGGGCCACAAAGCCAUGGAGAAAGCUCUGGGAAGAAUGUUUCAGAUAAAAGGAAAGGCAGCCCGACUGCUGAGGGAAGAAAGAAUUUGGAGAGUCGGAGAAAAGGAAAGGACAGUGGUGCAGAACACUGUAGGAGGCAGCCCAACUCUUCAUUCAACACACAUUUGUCGAGUGCCUUCCAUGUGCCAGACACUCUUCCAGGUGCCAAUGCCCUAGAGUGGAGAAAAGAGAUCAAGGUCGUGCCCGCCAGGAAUCCACAUUCUAGUGGGAGGGGACAGAUAAUAAACGUAAAAAUGAAUGAAUGGUAUAGUUUCAUAGAAUGUGAUAAGAGCUUCAGAAAAAAAUAGGAGGGAUCAAGAAUGGAGGUUUAGGGACUUCCCUGGUGGUCUAGUGGUAAAGAAUCCACCUUGCAAUGAAGGGGAUGCCAGUUUGAUCCCUCGUCGGGGAACUAAGAUCCCACAUGUUGCAGGGCAGCUAAGCCUGUGUGCCACAACUACUGAGCCCACGCCCUACAACUAGAGAGUCCGUGUGCCGCAAACUACAGAGCCCACGUGCUCUGGAGCACGAGUCUGAGCCCGCGCACAUGCGCGCACGCUCACACACAACUAGAGGAAAAAAAAACAUGCCACAACUAGAGAGAAAACCCGCACACUGCAGUGAAGAACCUGUGUGCCACAACUAAGACCCAACACAGCCACACACACACACAAAUGUAUUAAUUAAUUAAAAGAAAAAAGGAUGGAGGUUUAUGGGAAUUCCUUGGCAGUCCAGUGAUUAAGACUCCUUGCUUCCACUGCAGGGGGCUCAGAUUCCUCCCUGGUCAGGGAACUAAGAUCUCACAUGCCAUGCAGCAAGGAAAAACAAAAAGGUUUAAACCAGACACAAAAGGCCACAUACAGUACGAUUCCAUUUCUAUGAAAUAUCCAGAAGAGACAUCCAUAGAAGAGGAGGCAGAUGAGUGGUCACCAGGGGCUAAGGCAGGAGGAAAUGGGCAGUGACCACUCAUGGGUAUGGAGUUUUUUGUUUGUUUUUGGGGGGUUUUGUUUGUUUUAAUUAAUUUACUUAUUUAUUGGCUGUGUUGGGUCUUUGUUACUGCACAUGGGCUUUCUCUAGUUGCAGCAAGCAGGGGCUGCUCUUCAUGGCGAUUCGUGGACUUCUCAGUGUGGUGGCUUUCUUGUGGAGCACAGGCUGUAGGCGCGAGGGCUUCAGUAGUUGUGGCACGUGGCCUCAAUAGUUGUGGCUCAUGGGCUCUAGAGCGCAGGCUCAGUAGUUGUGGUGCAUGGGCUUAGUUGCAAGGAUCGAACCCGUGUCCCUUGCAUUGGCAGGCGGAUUCUUAACCACUGCACCAAGGAAGUCCUGAGUAUGGAGUUUUUAAGAGGGGGAUGAAACUAUUCUGGAAUUAGUGGUGACGGUUGCACAACUCUGUGAAUAUACCAAAAAGCACUGAAUUGUGCAUUUCAAAAGAGCAAAUUGUGUGGUUUGUGAAUUCUCUCUCAAUAAAGCAGGUAUCAGAAAAGCAAAGGAUGUCCAUCAACAGAUGAAUGGAUAAAGAAGAUGUGGUACAUACAAACAAUGGAAUAUUACUCAGCUGUAAAAAGCAGUGAAACUGGGACAUUUUUAGAGACAUGGAUGGACCUAGAGACUGUCAUACAGAGUGAAGUGAGGCAGAAAGAGAAAAACAAAUAUUGUAUAUUAACACAUAUAUGUGGACUAUAGAAAAAUGGUACAGAUCAACCGGUUUGCAAGGCAGAAAUAGAGACCCAGAUGUAGAGAACAAACAUAUGGAC